CUAUGAAUCAUUCUUGUUUAUGGUCACAGCAAGACCCGGAUCUCUGUGUAAAGUAGAAAAGUGAUAAAUAGAUACAAAAAGCUUUCACUAAGUGUAUAUCUUACAGGCGUUGAAUGAAAAUGGUGAUUAUCUGCGCACUAAAAAUCUAGUUGCACAACGUUUGAUAUACUCAAACCUCAACGCUACUCUGAUAACAAAAUGCCGCAUUUUCUUGUAUUCGUGCUCUCCUGCUUUGCUUCCAGUGUUUUGGCAGAUGAUUAUUUCCAUUCUCUUUAUCUGGACUUCAACAAAACUUAUCACCUUUCAUGGAAAUUUAACAAAUCUCAUAUUGAAUUCCAUGCAGAAGUUAAAACACUAGGUUACGUGGCACUAGGUUUAUCAAUGGACGGUGGCCUGAAAAACGCCGAUAUUUUCAUUGCAGGAGUUUCUAACGGGCAAUCUUAUUCUUCGAACUACUAUGGUAAUGCUGACAAGAAAUUGUCCUUACAAGCAACCAGUGAAUGGCAUCUAAUGUACUUCAAUGAAUCUGAUACGAAAACAACGUUGACGUUCUGUAGAGGACUUUCUGGGUCAAAUAUGAAAGUAAACAUCACACAAAAUACAAUGAGAGUCCUGUGGGGUUAUAACAAGACAGAUACUGUAAGUGACAGCUUUGAACCGGAUGGUGUCAAAAGUCAAUAUCUUCUUCAAGACCCAUUUCCUGAUCCAGUAAUGUCAAACGAUACAUUUACAAUUGAAUUCAGAAUGAAUAAAACUCUGAUUCCAAACACAAAAACUACAUAUUGGUGUAAAUCUUUCGCAUCACCACCUCUUGACGAGCAAGUGCAUGCUGUUGUGAUAUCUCCUUACAUUCAAGAAGAAAAUGAAGCUUUUGUUCACCAUAUAUUACUAUAUGGAUGCUACAAAAACACUUCAGAAGGAAUUCAUAUAGGAUAUCAAACAAGAUGCUAUUCACAAAAUAUGCCGAAUGACUGGAAUAAUUGUCGGACAGUACUAAAUGCAUGGGCAAUUGGAGGCUCGAGCUUCACUCUCCCUAAACAUACUGGAAUAUCAAUUGGAGGUGAAGAGGAUCCUCUAUAUUAUUUACUGGAAAUUCACUACGAUAAUCCUUUGGAGACGGAAGGUUUUCUGGAUUCUUCUGGACUGAAACUGACUGUAACUAAAACUAAGCGACAAUACGAAGCUGGAGUUUUAGAAGUUGGAUGUAAUGUGAGACCUCCUUAUGAAUUAAUUCCACCUUAUGCUAAAGAAUUCAAAUAUUAUGGACACUGUGAGGCGUGUGAGUCUAUGAUUAAACCUGAAAAAAUAUCCAAUGGAAUAGGGACGGAGUUCAGAUGAUAGCUGUUAUACUUCAUGCACACUUGGCAGGCAGAAAGAUAAGGCUUCAUCAUUAUCGCAAUGGUAAAAAGCUGCCUGAUAUUGCGUAUGAUGACAAUUACGAUUUCAACUACCAAGAAACCAGGAUCAUCAAGAA